UGAAGAAUUAACAAAAUCUUGUUAAUGUAAACUAAAGUUAAAAUAACUUUUUUUUUCAGUGAGAUAAAAUGUAAAAUUCCUUACUAAUAAAAAAAAAAAUAAAAAACUAGUCUUCCGCCUUUACGUCAAAAGGGAGGUACCACCGGUGACGUCAUGACGCACAAGGAAGACACCCGUGGCAGGCUCCACUUGUGUCCGCUCAUUUGUGCCUGUGUCCACCGCUCUUUAGAUAGUAGCGAUGCCUGUGCAGAGCGUGCCUUUCCGGGACGCGCCGGUCCAUUCCCGGCUGCUCCAGCAGUACCUGAUCCUGCUGAAGAAUUACCCGAUCCUCACUAAGUCUCUGUCCAGUGGCCUUCUUUCAGCUUUGGGAAAUCUAUUGUCACAGAUCCUGGAGGCAAGAAAAAAGGCCAAAAGUGGAUCUCCAGCUAAUGAUAUAAAUGUGGCUGGAGCUGCAAGAUAUGCUGUUUUUGGGUUGCUUAUUACAGGACCAGUGAGCCAUUUCUUUUACCAGCUGAUGGAGCUGUGGAUGCCCACCACAGAUCCCCUUUGUAUAGUCAAGCGGCUGCUCCUGGAUCGCCUCAUUUUCGCUCCUGGAUUUUUGCUUCUAUUUUACUUUGUUAUGAACAUCCUGGAAGCUAAAGGAUGGGAAGAUUUUGAGAAAAAGAUGAGAAGCAGUUACUGGACUGCUCUAAAGAUGAACUGGAAAGUCUGGACCCCAUUUCAAUUCAUAAACAUCAACUUUGUACCUGUUCAGUUCCGUGUGCUGUUUGCAAACUUCAUCGCUUUGUUUUGGUAUGCCUACCUUGCAUCUGUGAGAAAAUGAAAACCAGCGGAGAUUUCUGCUCAUUAGGAUUUGACAGAGGACUGAGAAAAUACACCCAGCUUUUAAAUAUGUUACAACUUUGUGCCAUUCCUAAGAAAAGGUUUUUAACACAUUGCUGCUGCUGCUGCAACAGCUUGAAUGUAUGUCAACAUUUUUUUGAUUAAAAUAAUGCAAUAAAUCUUUUUUAAAAUCUC